GGAUCGCAGGGCUGGGACCCCGCAGCCAGCUUUUGCCAUGAAGCGGCCCAGGGCUCCCAGUGGCUCCGACGGCGAAUCUGAUGGACCCAUCGACGUGGGUCAGGAGACUGAUCUUAGCCAGAUGGCCAGGCCGCUGACCACCCCCAGCCCUUCACAGAUGCAAGCUCGGAAGAAGCGCAGAGGGAUCAUAGAGAAACGGCGCCGAGACCGCAUCAACAGCAGCCUUUCUGAACUUCGACGAUUAGUCCCCACAGCCUUUGAGAAACAGGGCUCCUCCAAGCUGGAGAAAGCUGAGGUCUUGCAGAUGACCGUGGAUCACCUGAAGAUGCUCCACGCCUCUGGUGGCACAGGGUUCUUUGAUGCCCGAGCCCUGGCUGUUGACUUCCGGAGCAUUGGUUUUCGGGAAUGCCUCACUGAGGUCAUAAGAUACCUGGGGGUCCUGGAAGGACCCAGCAGCCAUGCAGAUCCUGUCCGGAUUCGCCUACUUUCCCACCUCAACAGCUAUGCGGCAGAGAUGGAGCCCUCACCCACAACCACCGGUGCCCUGGCCUUUCCUGUGUGGCCCUGGUCCUUCCUCCAUAGCUGUCCAGGCUUGCCUUCCCUGAGCAGUCAGCUCGCCAUCCUGGGAAGAGCGCCUGGCCCUGUCCUCCCCAGUGUCUCUUCUCCCCCUUACCCUCUCUCAGCCCUGCGGUCCACACCAGUGCACAGAGCUGCUGGUACCAUCCCCUCAGCCCGGCGGAAUUUGUUGCCCAGCCGAGGAGCAACUUCCACCCAGAGAGCCCAUCCUCCAGAGAGGCCAGCUGCCCCUCCACCCACAGCCCUUGGUGUCAGGGCUGCCAGGAGCAUAGUGCCCAUCCUGCCAUGUUCCUCCCCAACAGCCCCUGGAGCUGGGAAAUCUGAUGACAGUGUGUCUGGUUCCAUCUCCAGUCCAUCUCCUUCAGGGCCAACUGGAAGGCCUGCGGGAGCAGUGUUCUACCACUCCUGGGUCUCAGAAAUCACUGAAAUUGGGGCUUUCUGAGCUGAUUCCCCAUAACCAUCCCCUAGGAAUGAGAAAGGUUCUUUUUUUUUUCCUCUCUCCCUAAAGCUCUAAAAAUGGUGCCAUCUUUUCUGUUUUGUUUUUUUGAAUGGCUUCUAUGCAAAGGCACCUCUCCUCACCCAUCAGAGCCUCACCCCUCUCAUCCUCCUCACCGCCUGAUAUCCACUGCAGCCUUUUGAGAGCUCAGAGCUUUUAGUCUCAUUUCCCCCUGGCACAGAUGAGUUACAUGGUGCCUUGUGAGCCCCUAGGUACUGUGGACCCAGUACAAACGUGGACCUUGGGUCUGGGUUGAAGCUUUAACGUCAAGGAUUUCAUGGCCAGAACCAGGUUGCUCUCAUGAAGAGGUGAGACACACCACCCCCCCUUAGUGGGGAUGACUGGUGGGAUUCAGCCAUCCCAAGCCAACGGGAAGCAAUGUACUGUCUGCUUCACUUCCUGAAGACAGAAACCGAAGCAGGGGCUAGUGAGACGUCUUUGUGGCUCACCCCAUCACAGUGAAACACAGAACAGAUUUAUUCUCCAGUCCAUCUAAGGCCUGCAGCUAUGGUCAUCCCAACUUCAGAUGUUCAGAUGACCACUCACUGGCCUGACAAACCAGGCCAGGAGGAUUCUCCACAGCUUCAAAACUCUAUGGCAGGACACCCUUACUACCAGGUUUCCACCGUGCUUCAGACAGGAGUCAGGGCUGGGAAAGCAACAGGAGAGCCCAGCUCCUUGCCUCUCAGGCACCAUCCUCCAGGACUAUGGCCCUUCCCAUGGGGUUCCCAGUGUGGAGGACAAGUAGCCCCCGAGAAGCAUUCUCUUGGGAUUCAGCACCAGACAUGUGAGCUGCCUGGUUUGUAUCUGGCUCCCAGAGCCCAGACUGCUGCCACAGCCAAGGGUUGUCAGGCUGGAUAAAAAUAACUUGGAGGAGGGGGAGAACCAUCAGAGGCGGCUCUUCAAGGUCAUGGAGUGGGUUGAGGGCCUGAGAGCCUGCUCACCCAGAUUUCACACAGCUGGCUCUGCUCAGAGGCCCACUCACUCCUCAGCUCCGCCUCAGGCUUCUAAUGGGAAUAAAUGACCAGUGGAACAACAGAGACUGAACCAACAUUUAGGGUUGUCUUGUCAGCAGACAAAGUGUAGAAACAUUUCUACCCUCUUUGGUGAACACCUGCUCCCCACAGUGCCCCCUAGGACCACCCAGCAUGCCCUCUGGAAGCACUCUGGUUAAUCCCUGGCAAAGCCAAGACGGUGGGAACUGAGAACUGGUUACUCACUAAUGCUGGGACUAUGCUGACCAUGAAAUACUUUCAAGGUCACCCUGGAAAGCCUCCUCCCCCCACAAACCCCAUCCCCAGACUCUGAUGGAACCAUGGUCCCCAGAGCUGUUGUAAGGAGACUGUGGGCACAAGAUUAGAGUUUGCAAAAGCCAUGGAGCAAAAGAACCAUUUCAGAAAAGUGGGACAGAGGGCAGAGGUCACCUGAGUGGCCCAAAAAGUACUUGUGAAUGGGUCAAGAAGAGAUAAAGGCUCCCUUUACUCCCUAAUGAAAGCAGGCUCUUUUAAUAUUGCUCCUAUAUCUGAGGACAUCGCUGUGGUGUGUAUCACCAGCCUACCGAGGGAGACAGAUACAGGGACAGAAGGAUGAUCUUGCAGGCUCCUGCAAGUGGGGAGAGGAGGUGAUAGAUGUCCCUGGAUAUUCAGGUCUCUCUGCAAGCCUGUAGUUUGGCAGCCUCCUAGCCAGAGAUUCAGUGUCGGCUCACAGCUUCACCAUGGGAAACAUUUCCAUGCUGCAGGUACUCGAACUGCAGAACAGUAGUCUCUUGACACCAUGGAAACAUGGCAGAAGUAGCUGAACCUUUUGAGCAUUCAUCCUGAUUGGUCUUGGGUUCGUUCUUCCAGGAGACUGAGUGGGCCACCCUGCCCCCACCCCCACCUAGCUGAGAUCUCAAGUCCCCUGUUUUUAGUCCCAGGCGGAAAUCUCUGGUGGCCCCAACAGUCUCAUCCCACUGCAGGGUGUUGCAGACAAGCAAUAAAGAUGUUUAGUUCUGGACACUUCCAC